AUGGAUGUGGACGGGAGGCCCCGCAUCCGGUCUUGGGACUGGGACAGUCCUUACUGCCGGGCCCAGUUGGAUGAGAUCUUCUUCCGGCCGAAUGACUACAUUCAAGCAGGCAGCCAGGAACACAAAGACUUCUGGGCUUUUUUCGACCGCUUCCAAAGGUUCAAGCUAAAGAAGGACAUGUGUGGACAUGGUUCCAGCUCCUAUGAGGACAGAGACAGGGUCCAAAGCGGAUCUUUGGACCUGCCUAAGGAGUACGACGCCCGGUACCGCAUCAACGUGUCGUUAGUGACCAAAGACGUUGAGGAGCGUUUGGGACGAUCUCACGGCAGACGCGAGUCCUCCGGUCCGAACGCUGAAGUGAUUUCGGAUUUCCGUCUGUCUUUGCUGCAUUACCUGGACUUUAGUCAGCGACAGAGCUUCGGUAAGCUGGCCAAACUGCAACGGGAGCAAAAGAACCUGCCGAUCUACCAGUACCGAGAGCGCGUUGUGGAACUGGUCAGGCAGAACCCGGUGGUCGUGGUGGCGGGAGACACCGGUUGCGGCAAGUCCACCCAAGUGCCCCAGUACCUGCUGUCAGCCGGGUUCUCGGAGAUCGCUUGCACCCAGCCGAGACGUAUCGCCUGCAUUUCGCUGGCUAAGAGGGUCAGCUUUGAGAGUCUCAACCAGUACGGAUCCAAGGUGAGUUACCAGAUCCGCUUCGAAACCACGCGCACCACGGCCACCAAGCUAAUCUUCCUGACCGAAGGUCUACUCCUGAGGCAAAUCCAGCAGGAUAAAACGCUAGAACAGUACCAGGUUCUGAUCGUGGACGAAGUGCACGAGCGCCACCUGCACGGCGACUUCCUGCUAGGCGUCCUGCGCUCCCUGGUCGCCACUCGUCCCGACGUGCGUCUCAUCCUGAUGUCCGCCACAAUCAACAUCAAGCUUUUCUCCGAUUACUUUGGCUCUGCCCCCGUGCUGCAAGUGCCAGGCAGGCUCUUUCCAAUCCAGGUGAUUUAUCAACCGAUACCUCCCGAAGAGCAAGCGGCGUCACGUAUGGAGAAGCUGGAACCGCGGCCGUACUUGCGGAUCCUGCAGGGCAUUGAUCAGAGAUACCCGCCGGAAGAACGUGGUGACCUGUUGAUUUUUCUGAGCGGCGUGGCGGAAAUCGGCGCUAUUCAGGAGGCGUGUCAGGUGUACGCCACGCACACGCGCCGAUGGAUUGUGCUGCCACUGCACAGCACGCUGUCGCUGGCACAGCAGGACAAGGUGUUUGACAUAGCGCCCCCCGGUGUGAGAAAAUGUAUCAUCUCGACCAACAUCGCGGAAACGUCCGUCACCAUCGACGGUGUGCGCUUCGUCGUCGAUUCAGGCAAAGUGAAGGAGAUGAGUUUCGACCCCAAGGCCAAGAUGCAACGACUUCAGGAGUUCUGGAUCAGCCGAGCCAGCUCUGAGCAGAGGAAGGGACGCGCAGGCCGCACGGGUCCCGGCGUGUGCUACCGCCUGUACGCCGAGUCCGACUACGACGCCUUCGCUUCCUACCCCGUGCCUGAAAUCCACCGAGUGGCGCUGGACUCAUUGGUUCUUCAGAUGAAGAGCAUGGGACUCGGAGAUCCGCUUUCGUUCAUCUUUAUCGAUCCCCCGCCGGCAGCCAGUAUUCAGACCGCCAUUACCUACCUGAAGGAGCAGGGGGCGCUAGACAAUGGUUGUGAGCUGACCACCAUUGGGAGUGUGCUAGCCCAACUUCCUGUCGACGUCGUCAUCGGCAAGAUGCUGGUGCUGGGCUCCUUGUUCAAUCUUGUGGAACCUGUGCUGACGGUGGCCGCCGCCCUCAGCGUACAGUCGCCGUUCCUGCGCAGCUCGCAGCAGAACCCUGACUGUGCUACCGCCCGCCAGCCGCUGCACUGCAACCAGGGGGACCCCUUCACGCUACUGAACACUUUCAAUGCCUGGGUGGAGGUGAAGGGCGAGAGAGGGGGCGGUUCCAGGAAGUGGUGCCGGCGGCGUGGCAUCGAGGAACAGCGACUUUACGAGAUGGUCAACCUGCGCAGACAGUUCAAGGAGCUGCUGAAAAGCCACGGCCUUCUGGAAGCAGAGAACGACGACGACAAUCUCGGCGACCGACAGCAGCGGCGCGAACGUCUGACCGAAAGGAGGAAGCUCCAUCAGAUGAAGCGAGAACACGAACAACAGGAGGGCACCAAACGCAAAGUCCUCAGGCUGGAAGAAGGCCAGGACGGCGACUUCUCCUCCGGUUCUGACGCGGAGGAUGCAGGACGAGGGAGGAGGAAGAAAAAGAAGAAACACAAGGAUGACGGCAAUGUUGACAUCCAGGAAGUGAAGUUCAAGCUGCGCCAUAACGUGUCAGAUCUACAGGAUGCGGUCAACGCUAGCCAAGAUUUAUCAUCACGCCAACAGGCGCUUCUCAAACUUCUUCUCUGUCGGGGACUCUACCCCCAGCUAGCGUUGCCGGACGAGCACAACGGCACACGCAAGGACACGGAGCAGGUGUUCCAUACGAAGAGUAAGCAGGGAAUAGUGAUUCAUCCCACCAGCGUGUUUGCUAGCGACCCUGAGGUGUUACACGUGCGGGAUGAUGCGCGAGACACUGGGCGAGACAGCAGCAAACAUCAACUCCUAGCCUUUGUCACUUUGCUGGAGACUAACAGGCCGUAUUUGUCCAACUGUGUGCGUGUUCCUGCACUGCAGGCUCUGCUGUUGGUCGCCAACUCAGUAGACAGCAAUGCCGACUGCUCCCAUCUGGUGGUGGACGGCUGGUUGGAACUACAGAUAAAAGUGCCCGAGGAAGCCCUCAAGACUCUGUCCACGGCACUCAACCUCCGAGCCGAGUGGGAGCGCCUCCUGCAGGCCCAACUGGGACGUAGUCUCAUCGAGGAAGUGUCUCAGAAGGCCACGCAGAAGCUCAGUGAGCGCUUGGUCCGCUUCCUGCUUUACACUGAGAUCAGUUACAGCUUGCAGCGCCUCUCCGCCCUCAGCAUUCAGAAUUUAUACGUCGGACCCCAGGCUACAUCGGAACUUUUGCUCGGCGCCGGUGCCACGCCGCUCUUUCCGGAUAUGGAGGCCAAGCCGGAUCCGGUCAAGGGAGGCCUGCGCAUCAGCAACUUCUUCACGUAUAAUUGCCUGACUGAUUCCAGGGACCUGUACAGCGACUGCCUGCGAACUUUCUGGAGCUGUCCCAACUGUGACCUCUACAUGCCCCUCACGCCUCUGGAGCGAAUGCAGCAUCAGACCACCUGCAGGCCAGCAGGUGAACUGCAGGCUCAGGAGGAAGGGUCAGACAUCGUGAAGCCCAAAUCAUCGUCCUCCACUCUGUGCCGGGUCUACCACUGUGACGUCUGCGACCAAGACUUGACGCUAACGUCCACGGAGAUCCUCAAGCACAAAAGGCAGCAUAUAUACUCUGCUAAGUAA